CUGGGUGUAGCCUUUGCAAUCAUAGACAAACGGGGUGUAGCCUUUGUAAUCAUUGACAAACUGGGUGUAGCCUUUACAAUCAUAAACAAAUUGGGUGUAGCUUUUCCAAUCAUAAACAAACUGGGUAUAGCCUUUACAAUCAUAAAUAAACUGGGUGUAGCCUUUGUUCUCAUUGACGAACUGGGUGUAGCCUUUGCAAUCAUAAACAAACUGGGUGUAGCCUUUACAAUCAUAAACAAACUGGGUGUAGCCUUUACAAUCAUUGACAAACAGGGUGUAGCCUUUGUAAUCAUAAACAAACUGGGUGUAGCCUUUCCUUUUACACUCAUAAACAAACUGGGUGUAGCCUUUACAAUCAUAAACAAACUGGGUGUAGCCUUUGUAAUCAUAAACAAACUGGGUGUAGCCUCUGUAAUCAUUGACGAACUGGGUGUAGCCUUUACAAUCAUAAACAAAUUGGGUGUAGCCUUUACAAUCAUAAACAAACUGGGUAUAGCCUUUACAAUCAUAAACAAACUGGGUGUAGCCUUUACAAUCAUUGACAAACAGGGUGUAGUCUUUGUAAUCAUAAACAAACUGGGUGUAGCCUUUGUAAUCAUUGACGAACUGGACAAACGGGGUGUAGCCUUUGUAAUCAUUGACAAACUGGGUGUAGCCUUUACAAUCAUAAACAAAUUGGGUGUAGCUUUUCCAAUCAUAAACAAACUGGGUAUAGCCUUUACAAUCAUAAAUAAACUGGGUGUAGCCUUUGUUCUCAUUGACGAACUGGGUGUAGCCUUUGCAAUCAUAAACAAACUGGGUGUAGCCUUUACAAUCAUAAACAAACUGGGUGUAGCCUUUACAAUCAUUGACAAACAGGGUGUAGCCUUUGUAAUCAUAAACAAACUGGGUGUAGCCUUUGUAAUCAUUGACGAACUGGGUGUAGCCUUUACAAUCUGGCUGUAG